AUGGGUAUAGCGAUGAUGAUGCAACAGGCAGCAGCUCUGGCCAAGGUUCCGCCAGGUAUGGACAUUUUGACUUUGGAAGCAGAAAUACGAAAAGCCAAAGCAGAAGGGCGUACUGUUACUAUUGCAAAUGGCUGCAUUUAUUUCGAUUAUCAGUUGAUCGAAAAUACCCCGUAUACACUUGUAAACUUUGACUUCAGGUAUGGCGUUGGAAUGGGUAUAGCGAUGAUGAUGCAACAGGCAGCAGCUCUGGCCAAGGUUCCGCCAGGUAUGGACAUUUUGACUUUGGAAGCAGAAAUACGAAAAGCCAAAGCAGAAGGGCGUACUGUUACUAUUGCAAAUGGCUGCAUUUAUUUCGAUUAUCAGUUGAUCGGUUGCAUUCCUCCUGACACCACUUUUCACGCAUGA